UAUGCAUCUUGGCUUGUUCGUGGCUUUUGCGAUUAUAAGGACAAAAUUGACAGUUUAUUUGUCCUAUGUUUCAAUUUUUGUCAACAAUCUAGAAAACAAAUAACACGAGAACUGUCGACAGGGAAGAAUAAAGUACCAAUGUGUAUGAACCAAUAUGAAAGAAUUUUACGUUGCUAUCGAGAGCCGGGCUUAGGAAUUGAUGUACAGCAUUAUGAUGAAAGCUCAUCGACCAGAAUGCAGGAACACGUUGUUGCCAUGUGCAAUAAGCAGGCCUUUGUCGUCUAUACGCGUAUAAAUGGAAUCUUGUUGACUCAACCAGAAAUUGAAUUUCAACUUCAAGAUGCAGUUCGACGUAGUCAGAAUCGUGCUGCCGAAUCAGUGAUACCAAUUUCGGGCGGAAGUGUUGGUAAUCGAGACGAUGCUGCUAAAUUUUGGUCAUUAAUGAAAGAAGUAGAACGAAAUCGUAGUUCUCUCGACUGGGUAAAAUCGGCUGCCUUUAUCGUUUGUUUGGAUGUCUUACAGAACAACGUACGCUGGCCGAGUGAUCAUGAAGAAUACCUGACUUUGGCUGGGUUGCAUCUGCUAACUGGUUUAGGCAGCUCUGUUUCUGGUCUUAAUCGCUGGUAUGAUUCUGCAAUUCAGAUUGUGGUAGCAAGCAACGGAAUAAAUGGGUUAUGUAUUGAACAUUCAGUUGCUGAAGGAAUCGUUAUCAUCAACAUGUCCGAAUACGUUCUUGAUUACGUUCAAAAAAACCGUUUUAACUACAAUGUUUCGGAAACUUCUGCUCAAAUAAGUGACGAUUUCUUAGGAACCGUGGAAGAAAAAGAACGUGAAGCCAAAGAUUUUGUCCUGGUCGUUCGAAAGUUAAUCUUUGAUGAGAAGCUUACUCAUCAAAAAUGCUUUUUUAGUUUGGUGAACGACUUAGAACUGUGCAUCCUGGAAUUUAAAGAUUUUGGCAAGGAAUUUAUCAAAUCUAAAAAGUAUAGUCCAGACGGUUUCGUGCAACUGGCCAUGCAGCUCGCUCAUUACCGGUUACACAACAAGCUGGUAUCUACAUACGAAAGCGCAUCGAUUCGACGAUUUCGCAAUGGACGAGUGGACAAUAUUCGGGCUGCAACUCCAGAAGCUUUGCUGUGGGUUAGGUCGAUGAUGCAAAGUUCUUCUUCGGCUGCAGAUUUUGCAUUGAAGCGAAAGUUGUUCAAUAAUGCUAUGGCAAAGCAAGUGGAAAUUACAGUAGAGAACAUAUCUGGCCACGGUAUUGACAAUCACCUUUGUGCUUUGGAAGUGUUAGCCAGAAAGGAAUAUAAUUUCGGUGAUCAAACAUAUAUGCCUGAACUUUUUAAAACUCCACUUUGGGCCGAGCUUAUGCGUUUUCCGCUGACUACUAGCCAGGUUACAACCAGUCCAAGGUUUCCGGGAUCAUAUUUAUGCUAUGGUCCUGUAGUUCGUGACGGUUACGGAUGCUCCUACAAUAUUCAAGCUGAUUCGAUCAUUUUCGCAGCUUCAGCUUGCAAAACUUGCCCGACAACUGACGCAAAAAGGCUGCCUAGAUCAAAUGCUUUUCUAGUUUGUAAGCCGUAUGACUGGUAUCAGCAAGUGCAUCUAAAUUUUCAAGGGAAACAGCUUAAAAUCUCUGAAAUGACUAAAUGUAAAAAUUCAGCAGAGGAGGAGACUAACAACAGAAGCGAAAAUGGAAUUACACUGAACUGGUAUGAGAAGCCACUUCCUAAAUUGCCAGUACCUCCGUUGAAACAUACUUUGGAACGCUACUUGGAGUACGCGCAAGUCUUAUGUGAUUCAGAUUAUAAGACACUUCAACGAACGAAAAAUGCAAUCAUAAGUCUUGAAGAAAAUGAGGGUAAACUUCUUCAGCGUUUGGACGAAGCAGCUGAAACAAGUGUUAAUUGGGCAAAAAAGUUUUGGUUACCAGCUUUUUAUCUGAAGGAUCGGAGUCCGUUACCGAUAAAUGCAAGUCCAGCUUACGUCUUUCCAUACCGCAACUUAAGAAAAACCAAUGAUUUUUUUAGGUUUACAAUAAAUAACAAUUAUUGCAAGAAAAUUAAAAACAAACUUGUAUCUAUUAAGACUUUUAUAGAUUUUACAUUGCGCGUUCGACAAGAAUUCCUAGUUACAGGAAAAUGUCAUUACGUAUUUUUAAAGAAAGAGAUCGCCAGAGAUACUUCAAGACGAGGUAAUCAGAUGUGUAUGGAUCAAUACGAUAAGAUGUUCCGGUGUUACCGGGAACCAAGAAUCGCCGAAGACUUGCAACAUCAGAAACCGCUCCAUGCAGAAACUGCAGAUCAGCAUAUCCUUGUAAUGUGUAGAAAUCAGGCUUUUAUUCUUUUUACUCACCGCAAUGGCCAACCGCUUAAGUAUGCAAAAAUCAAAAGUCAGCUUGAAGCCAUAGAAGGCCUAAGUCGUGUGCAACGCAGCAGCGCUAAAGAACUUAUUGGCGCUGGCAGCGCCGGUUAUCGGAACGACGCGGCUAAAUUCUGGGAACGUCUGAGAUGCAAUCCGCAUAACGAGAAGAAUUUUUUGUUGGCAAAGGAUGCAAACUUUGUCGUUUGUUUGGACAUUGAAGAGGUCAAACAAGUGCAAAGAGAUGAACCACGUUCACCAGCCGAACGAGGAAAACAUUUGCUACAUGGUUUUGGAAGCAAAAAUUUUGGAGUCAAUAGAUGGUAUGACGCCACAUUACAGGUAAUCAUAUGCACAAAUGGAACUAGUGGAUUAUGUAUCGAACAUUCAGUAGUCGAAGGAAUUGUUUUAUUCAGAAUGGCGGAUGCAGCCUUGAAGUACGUCGAGAACAACAUUAACAGUAAUCCAGAGUUGAAUAGUACUGAAGAAAAAGUGCUACCUCAGUUAUUAAAGUGGGAAUUUGAUUUAGCAUCGUCAGACCUUCUCAAGAAGCAGCUUCAGGACUUUGACAGACUUGCUGAUGAUCUCGAAUUGUACGUGGUAUUUUUCGAAGAUUUUGGCAAGAAUCAUAUAAAAUCCAUGAAAACAAGCCCAGAUGGAUUCGUUCAGUUAGCAAUGCAACUCGCCGCCUACAGAUGGUUUGGCAAACUUGUGUCUACUUAUGAGAGUGCAUCACUGCGGGAAUUCGCAGAAGGGCGAGUUGAUAACAUUCGGGCAGCAACUCCAGAAGCCCUAAAAUGGGUUCAAGCAAUGAAUGAUCGUUUUGUUUUAAAAGACAGAAGAAAAGCUUUAUUUUACGAAGCCGCUAAGAAACAGGCUUUAAUUACUUUUGAGAAUGUUGACGGCAUGGGCAUCGACAAUCAUGUCAUUGCACUUUACGAGUUGUCAAAACUUAGCGUAGCUAUGUCGGAGAGAGGUCAGCUUCCGGAAUUUUUUACCGAUUCGAUGUGGACAAAACUUAUGAAUUUUCCUUUGUCAACAAGCCAGGCUACUCAGAGCACUCUUUUUUCGGAUAGGUAUAACUUUUACGGACCAAUGAAUGAGGACGGAUACGGUGUACCCUACAAUAUCCAAGAGAAUUAUAUUAUAUUCACAGUUUCUGCCAGAAUAAGUAGCGGCAUUACCAGCGCUAAAGGCUUUGGAGAGAAUAUCCGAAUGUCGAUGCUGGAAAUAAGGGACUUAAUAGCAUAG